AUGUCCAUGGACCCUCCCCCCAUUUCCGCCGCACUCGGCACCGUCCUGCAUGGCAUGUCCGCUGUCCACUCCGCGCUCCUCAUCGUCCUCGCUCCCGUGUACUACGCCAUCCACGACGUCCUGUAUUUCGUUUUACACCUCGUUGGGCUGGCUCGCGCGUUUCCCAUUCAGAAGCCUUCAGGAACAUUCCAUCCCGUGGUCUUGGUAACCGGCGCCAGCUCUGGCAUCGGAAAGGAGAUUGCGCUCAACCUCGCUGAGAACGUGGAAGUGAAGGCUGAAGCUCGAUUUCGAGGUGUGAGCGUUAGACUCGAACCCAUUCUCCUGGACGUGAUCGACCCCACCGCCAUCGCCAACGCGGUCCGAACGCUCGAAUCGCACUCCGGCGACCACGGUCUCGCGGCCCUUGUCAACGUUGCCGGAGGGGUUAUCUGCGGCCCGCUCGCUUCUCUCCCCCUGGCGAUCUUCCAGCAUGCAUUGGACUCGGAGGUCAACGGCGCUUUUGCCCUCACGCGUGCGCUCUGGCCUCUGUUGCGGAAGGGACACGGAAGGGUGCUGAAUGUCAGCAGCGCUGGGUCGGAUGCUUUGGGCCCCGGGUUUGGGAGCUAUCACGCGGCCAAGGCGGCCCUGACGGCGAUGACGUUGGUCUGGAGGGCCAAAGGCGUUGUGGAUGGAGUUGCGGUUUCGGCGGUGGAACCAGGCGCCAUCCGCACACCGGCCUACAUCAAAGCCCUCGAGUCCCUCUCCCAAAACUCGCCCACCAACCCAUCCGUAGCGUCGUCUCUUCAGGCGUCGCCGUUGACCACCGAUCCCGACUCCCCAUGCUCCGCCACCCUCCACUCCCGCACCCAACUCCUCGCGAAAAACAUCGCCACCGGUUUCUACCAUCUAGGCAUCCCGCCGUCCCACGUAGCGCGCGACGUCCGGCAUGCGUUGACGAGCAGGUUCCCCGCGAGGAGAUAUAGGACGGGCUUGGAUAGUGCGGCGGUGUACAUGUGGAGCAAGCUGAUUCCCGGGUGGGUUGCGGAUGUGGUCAUGGCGGCGUGUGUUGGGUUUGGCGCUAGGGCCCCGGCGGGUGUUGUUAAUGGUAUCAGCGAAAAAGUCAAGGGGCAGUGAGGCGGGGGGUUUGGAAGUUUGCAUCAUUGCGGAAAGCCCCCGCACAGUGAGAAUUCACUUUUCGAUCCGUAAACUCACGGGCGGUGGGUAGGUUGGAAAAUGCUACUUCUGUACAUACACUCUGGAGCCGACCGCCACAUGGUAUAUUAUCUCAGAUGAGCUUGUUGUGUACUGACUCGGAGGGAUGGGGGCUCCAAGUGCUACAGUAAAUACCGAAUGCAAUACAUCGUAGAAGCACC